AUGGCCAACAAUUUCACUAUUGAAUCAAUUGAUAAUAUUAUUAUAAAACCACAAAAAUUAACACCAAAUGAUUGGAUCGAAAAGAUUGAUAAGUUUUAUGUGUUUGACGACGAAUUGGGGAUUAAUAUGAUGUUUGUUACCAAAGAUGAUGAUCGGGUCUAUGGAUUGGGUGCUAAUAUCAACGGAUCACUGGGUUUGGGACACAACCAGUGGGUGAGUGAACCACAAGAGAUCAUAGAGUUGUCACAUAAAAAGUGUAUUAAAUUUAUAAACGGAAGUGAAUUUAUAGUUUGUUUAACUCGUGAUAAUUGUGUGUAUAGUUGUGGUAAAGAUAGAAAUGGACAGUUAGGUCAGGGAUGUGAUAGCAAUAAAUAUAAGAAACCAAUGAUUAUACAAAUCAAUGACAAAAAUGAUUUCAUACGUGAUGUGAGUUGUGGUUCAUAUCAUACAUUAGUUUUAACCGAUAAUAAUGAUAUGUAUGGUUGGGGUCGCAAUCAUUUCGGACAAAUCGGUAGCCGAGACACCACUUGUGAAUCAAUUACUAAACCGGAAAAAAUUAAAUUUAAUGACAAUUAUUGUAUAAAAUCUGUUCACUGUUUUGAUAACUUAUCGUUUGCAUUGACAAGUGAUGGACAAGUGUUUAGUUGGGGUCAAAAUAGUAGCAAUCAAUUGGGACUAAAUUGUUAUAAUCUGAUAAUAUUUAGACCACAAUUGAUAUGUAAUCUAUCAGGUAUUACAUCCAUACAAUCGGGUGCAGGAAAAACAUAUUUCAGUAGCGAUUAUAAUAAUAAAGUAUAUAUUUGUGGUGAAUAUUACAAUGAAAAUAAUGUGAUUGAUAUACAAAUGACACCAAAAUUAUUGGGUAAUUGUAAUGAAUUUAGUGAUAUUCAGUCAAUUAAAUCCUAUAAAUGGAAUGAAAGAUCAUUUAUGUGUUCAAUGAAUGAUAUAAUCUAUCCAUUGUAUAAUUGGAUUUAUUGA